AUGGUCUUAUCCUUUGCUCCUGGCUGGUGGGGUCCUCCGGAGAUGGCACUGUUGAAUGAUUUCCGGAUGGCAAUGGAUGAGCUGCUGGCAUCGCCUGAGCAGGAGACAGCUGACUAUGCGAAAGAGGCCUACGACAACCUGAUGCUCGCCAUAAACCAGCAACAGCGGCAAUGGGCGGGCACCAAGGAUGCAAACGCUUUCUUUCCAGAUGCAGACUACGACAUCUGGGCUCGUGGCGAUCCACGGACGGAGGCACGCCUCGUGCCACCACCCUGCGGCUGCUUGGAGCUUUAUGAGGUCCAGCUAUAA